ACCUGAUUCCUCUCCACCGCGCUUUCCGCCCGCGCGAUGACUCCGCCGCUCGAAUCCCUCCGCCUCCUCACUCCUCCUCGCUCCGCGGCUCCGCCCAAAUCCCCGCUACCGCCGCCGGUACGCCCUUGCCCCUCGCUCAUCGCCACGAUCUGCUCCGCCGGUGCCGCCACACUCACGCGCCCCUUCUCUUGCGAAUAUUCUCACGCACCCCCUCGCCCAUCGCCCAUCGCCGCGGUCCCCAAUCCCCCGAUGCUGCCUCUGCCCUCCUCUGUCUCGAACUCACCCGACGCUGCCGAUCAGCUAAUGCUCCACCGCCGAUGCCCGACGCCGUCGCCGCACUCCACUGCCGGACCAGCGCCCUCGCUGCCGCGCCUUGCCUCGCCAAACCUUCUCCCCGACGCCCCCCUCAAUCCCUCAUACCGCACCCCCAGCUUCGCCGCGGUCCAAACCGCCGGUUCACCCACGCCACCGGCCGCACUCCACCCCACGUUCUACCCGCCCCUCGCCUCACCCACUGCCGUCGGUCGCACUCCAAUCCGCCGAGUGCACUCAACCUCGCAUCCAUGCCUCCCCACCUAGCCUCAUGUUCGCACGCCAUCACCGCUGCCGGGCGCCAGCCCUCAAUCCCCUUGCAUCCGCCGGAGACCGAGACUUCUACGACUGCACGAGCCUCCAAGCCGCCACCACUAAAAGCAGGAAGCCAGCGCCGGAGUCACCACCACUAAAAGCAUGAAGAUGAGGCCGGAGCACGUGGCAGCAUUGAGGAAGACAGCUGUUAGGUACAUUGCUUUGUGCCCAUGCUCCCCUACUGCUCGAUGAAAUGAUUCAAUGGGUAGGUAACCGUGUGCAAUGCUUUACCUAAUUUAGUACUCUACGUAGUUGUAUUGCGAAAUGAUUGAAUGGAAGCCUAAAUGCUUAUAUGUUUUCAAUUUCUGUUGAUGAUUCUGUAUGAAUGCACGACUUUCAGUUCAUCUCUUGUCACUCAAAAGAAUUAUUAUUGAAGGGAAAGUGUAUGUUCAUGCUUGUGAAGCAAUCAUGAAAUUCACAAAAUGAGCACCGAUCAUUUGAAAGGACUUCAUGACCACCUUCAGAUGGUUUCAGCUAAAGCACUACACAAACAGUAAGGUCUCGAUGGUCCCAUGCCAUGGAUAAGGAUGAUUCAGACCGCCCGCGGCACGGCGAAGGGGCUUGACUUCCUCCACUACACUCACCCGCUGGUCAUCUAGCAACUUCAAGGCAUCUAACAUCCUCCUCGACUCGGUGAGCAGCAGCCCGUUCUUCAUUUCACUUUGUUCUUUUAGCUGUCAUUUCUCUCGACUACAGUAGAAAUUUCAUUAGUUCAACCAAAAAACUCUCAUUGAUUAAUCAGUACAGUCAAGCAUAUGUGUUAGUUACAACCAUGGUCUGCUAGCUGUGCCUCCAUGAUCAGCACCAUCAAGAUCCAAAGAUUGAUUGAAACAAUUAAAAACUCGAAUUGCUGAAAUCAAUUAGAGUUUUUAUGAUUUGAAUGCUGAAAGUCAAUGAGAGUUUUUGCGAUUUGUAGCCUGAGAUCAAAUUGAAUUUAGCAACUUAGUUAAAAUUCAGAGUCUGCUUCACCUAGGCAAUGUAAAACUAUAAAGGCCUUCACUUAGACAAUACUAUGCGCCCAUGGGCAAUCAGUUCUUCAAUAUAGAUUCAUGUCAACCCAACUUUCAAAAAGAGUUACUGCUUUGUCUUUGAAUCAGUUAUCCUUUUCAUUUGCGACAAUUUUUGGGUUUUAUAGAAUGUGUUUUGCUUCCUGUAUGUUCAGUCCAUGAUCAACGAUAUUUUUUGUAAUUGAAAGCAUUAGGACUUCUUAUGCUUUUCAAUUGUCUCUGCUUAACAUGUUUAGCUUUAAAACAAUGCAGCUUCGGAAUGAUUAUUCGCUACUGAAGACAACCUACAACAAGGUUGUUAAGGAAAGAACAAUCAUCUCUACUUUGUCAAAUAAUCUAGAUCUUCUAUUUAUUUUAUUUUUAUUCUCACAUUGUCAUUAAAAUGAUAUUGCUUUCGAUUUACAUAUAUGCACAUGAUUCCUCACUUCCAUGCCCCUAGGUCUCUAACACCUGACACCACUGCUGCCAGUCCGGGCACCCCAAUGAGGCCGGUGCCCUCGAAUGACACCAUAGCAAGUGAUAGAGUCGGCCAAGAUAACUCCUCUGUCAAUUCACGAGUAUAUUGGCGUGCUUUGGAUUAGGAAGGCAGUCUCAUCCUAUUGGACAGUCAAGGAGAAUCUAAUUGGCAGUAUAAAUAUAAGAGAAUUAUGUGAUGAUCAAGUUCAACAUCACAGAUUUAGAGAUUCUCCCACUUACUUUCUGUGUUCUUUAACUGGUGGCACAAUGAGUGCUAUCAGUAUAAUUAAAAUAUAGAUUUUUUUUAUAUGCAUUACUCUUUGGUCAACGAGUUCUUAAUAGACCCUUUUUUAAAAAAAAAUUCUUUGCAUGCAAGAGGAGGCAACCUACUUGGGAUGGCAGCACCUCUAGCCACAAGAUUUGGAGGGCAACAAGCAGACGCACCAAAGGGAGCUCUGAGGAAUGAUGUGGCAAAAUGAGCUUGCUGGUAAGAUAUGACAUGAGUUCAUAGAGUUAAUCGCUACUGCAACCAUCUCUGGUGAGUUUUUCUUCUUCUUUUUUUUUUUGAGAAAGACCACAUAAGAAAGGGAUGAGAUGAGCACUUCUAGCUGCAAAUGCUUAGGCGAAGUUGGGAUUCCAUACAAAAGAAAUGGUAUUUAACUUCUCAAGAAUACAUUGAUAAAUAUAGUGGUGUUUAACUUCUGAUGUAUGAAUUGUACAUGCACUAAAAAGCAUAUUAAUCUGCUCUCUUAUGUGUGCUUCCCAAGUUUGAGAAAUUGCCCAAUUUGUUCAAUACCUGCAGGAUGCCAUAUGGAAUAGCAAUAGACACUGACAGUGCAGCACUUUAGCCCCAAUUUUAUGUUUCGCUAUAUUUUUUCCAGUUUGCUUUUGUAUUGGUUACCUUGUGGUUCAUAAGGAAUCUGGCAGGCAUUUGCGCUUCGGAGAUAUGAUUCAUCUAAAUCCAGCCUCUAUAAUUCUUAGCUACUUAUUCUCUUACCUACACUCAAUGCUUAUUUUAAGCAUUGAAGCUUGAGCGAUUGAUCGAUUCCAUAUAGGUAUGUUUGUUCCAAAUCUUUUUAGCUAUACACGUGAGUUUGCUGGGAAAUCUUAGCUUGCUGCUUUUGUUGAACUAAACUGGUACAAGACAUUUUACUCAAAGUAACCAUUUUUUCUGCUCAUGAACUGCUCAACAAAAUGUUCGUAAGGUUCUAUCGUAUUCUGAGUAUAUAUGUUAUAACUUGAUUUAGUAUCUCCUAAUAAUAGUUCCUCCGCACCUCAAGUCCGCCAUCAUCCGCCUCCACACUGCACCUCUAGAUAUGUUCAUUUACAUGUCUGCACUGACUUUUUUUUUCACUGGUCUUGCUUGAAGCAAAAAAAAUAGUAUAAUUUUAGUAUGCUCAUUGGAUCAUUUUUAGGCAUAUUGACCAUACUACUCCAGAUUAGUACAGGUGUAUAACAUCCUGUUGUUAAGGUAUUCUUGAUGCUCAUUGAUUACCUGGAAAGUUGAUGCCUUUAAACUGAUAUAAGUUUGAUUAUGUCAAUAUUAUAUUCUUAGUAAAGUAAUUUAUCAUUGACUCAUAGCACUACUAAGUAGUCUGCGUCUUAUGUUUCCUGUGAACUUCUCUCUGCACACUCACUUAAUUGAAUGUUGGGACUUGGGAAUAUGUCUAAAGCUCUAUUCUAAUAUGCCUUCUCACCUAUACAAAAUUUCAACAAACCCCCAACCUAUUAUUCAUCUGGUCCUUAACCUGGACUGAGAAUUAUUAUUCACAUGGUUGAGAAAAGUUGCCUCUGGGCUCUGGUUAUAUAUCUUAAAUUAAAAUUCAAGUCUCUGGUAAUUUAUUCGAGGGUUCAUAAAAGCCAAGUCGAUUAUUUUCUUAAAAGGGAAUGUUUGGUAAGAACUACACUUUCUGAUUUUAUUUGCUGAGUUACAAAGCUGAUGAAGAGAUAUUGAAUUUGACAAGGUGCAAACCCAUAAUUAUUUGCUUGUUUAGUAAAUCAAGUUGCAUAUAUUUCUGACAUUCUCAAGAAAUGGAGUGUGCAUCAGGAUUUGCUAGCAGCAACAAUAAGAUACUUUUAAUGCACACUGCUAUUUGACAAGGUGAAAGCCCAUAAGGAUCAAAUCCAAUUUUAUUUUCCUUGUGAUGUUUAUGAAAGAAAUCCUACAUCAUCCAGUUUGAUCAAAUGGUUAAUAGAUUUAAUCUUUGUAUGUUCUAUUUGUUAGUACUAGAGAUUAUGUUGCCAUGAGAGAUACAUUCCUGUUGUUACAGUAAUGAGGUGUUUUUAGUUCACAAAUCUAACUAGGGGUCUCACAUGUUGGCAAUAGGGUCAUGGAGAUACUAAUUUGCUGCUUGCUGAUUGCUAAGGCGAUGGCAUUGUUCUAUAAUAACAUUUUCUUUAAGAAGGGAAAGUUAUUUUGUAACUAUCAUUCAAUGGAGAGUGGAAAUAAACUGGCAAUUUAAUAUGUUUUUAUUUGCAAUAAUAUAUAUUACGAAAACGUGCCUUGCACGUGCAUGUUCA